CCUGCGCUGGUGAACUUUACCCAAACUGCUAUUAUUUGUCUGGUUAUUGGAGGAGUGGUUUUAUGACAGGCGCUCAGAUCAGCGGGCUGCUCGCCGAGCUUCAGGACAUGAUCAUGGGAAGCACUCUCGCUAAAUGCGCCCUCACCGACCUGGGGAUCCAGUGGGCUGGCUGGGCUCUGGCUGCUGCUUUCAGGACAGAGAAGUUCUACGAUUUGGCAGGAUCCGGCACAUUUAUUCUACUGGCGCACCUGAGUCGGAUCUGGGGAGGAGCAACUUCUACCCGACAGAAAGUUCAGACUGGAUUGGUGACAGCAUGGGGACUCAGGCUGGGGACAUUCCUUUUCCUGCGAAUCUUGAAGGACGGUCAUGAUCGCAGGUUCAACAAUGUCAGAGACAGCCCAGGGACCUUUUUCGUAUACUGGAGCGUUCAAGCGGCGUGGAUAUUUAUUACCCUCCUGCCCACCCUCAUGCUUAACGUAGAGAAGCGCAAUGUGCCUCUGGGGCCGAGGGACUACAUUGGCUGGACUGUAUGGGGCAUUGGCUUCGCUACUGAGGCUAUUGCGGAUCAGCAAAAGUGGCUUUUCAAGCGCGACCCAGAUAAUGCUGGGAAAUUCAUCCAGAGUGGACUGUGGGCCUACAGCAGGCAUCCUAACUACUUUGGAGAGAUCAUGCAGUGGUCGGGUCUGUGGCUCUCUGCCUCGUCUGUCAUGCAGGGGCCUCAGUACCUGAGCGUGGUGUCUCCACUCUUCCUGUGGUUUUUGCUGCGUUAUGUCAGCGGUAUUCCCAUUCUGGAGAAGCAGGCUAUGAAGAAAUGGGGAUCUGAGCCUGCCUUCCAGGAAUACAUUAAAAACACUCCUCUUCUCUGGCCAUGGCCAAAGUUUUGAUACUGUUUACAGCUGCUAUAAACAUUAAAGAUGCAAACUAAGGAUAUUCUUUUGUUAAUGGCUGCAUAAUUUUACUGUGUCUUAAAUUCUAACACCUUCUGUACAGUAUGAAAUAAUGAGUGAUGUGUUAAAUACGCCUGGAACGAGGUGAUAAGGCAGUAUGAGAGACAUUGUUGAUGUGCAAAAGGCCUCAUUAACUUUAGCUCUUAAGCUUUUCUGCGUUUUCAGAAACCCCACUGGGAAAGAAUUUAAGACAGUUCUGGGAAGAGUGUAAUGGGCUGAUUAAUUUGAAGGGGGAAGAAAUCACAAUGACCUCAAAACAAUUAACAGCUGAACAAUCUGGCAUUA